GUUUAGCUGCGGAUCGGGUGCGAUUUAUAAAAAAUAAUUAUUUGAGCUGCGUUUUUGGUGAGGGCCAAUCAUUGUUAGCUGUGUGAUGAUGUAGGUAAUAAAAGGGAGUGACCUUUCUUGAACUCUUCCUUUUUCACGAGCAUUCAGUAUAGUGUGGAAUAGGAUUUGGAUUUCCUAAGAAAUGUGUGCUGCCCUGCCCAUGAUCAUGCCUACAGUUGUUGCUGCAACAGCAGCAAUCUUGAUGGAAGUUGAAAGGAGGAGAAGGAGGAGUAGAAGAAGAAGAUACUGGGUUCAUCCUAUCAUUGCAAAUAGGGAUGAAAGAGGGCAGUUCAUUAUAUUAUAUGAAGAUCUCCGUGGGCAUGAGGACAAGUUUUUUAAUUAUACACGCAUGUCAAUAACCAGUUUUGAUGAAUUGUUAGGACUAACGUACCAUAGUUUGGAGCGCCAGAACACAUGCUUCAGAGCAAGCAUCCAGCCUGCACAAAGAUUAUUAAUCACAUUAAGGUACCUAGCUACAGGAAAUUCAUUUGGAAGUCUCCACUAUGAGUUUAAGGUUGGAAAAUCAACUAUAUCUGGCAUUGUACAUGAAACAUGCCUUGUUAUAUGGAAUGUACUAAAACCAUUGGUCUUCAAAAAGCCUACAAAAGAAGAUUGGUUGAAGAUAUCAGAUGAAUUCUGGGAGAGAUGUAAUUUUCCCAACUGUGUGGGAGCCAUCGAUGGCAAGCACAUACGCAUCCUGAGGCCAUUUGAUAGUGGGAGUCAGUUUUUUAAUUAUAAAAAAUAUUUUUCGUUUGUAUUAAUGGCAGUGGUAGAUGCCAAAUAUAAUUUCAUUUAUAUUGAUGUGGGUGCUUAUGGUAGCAGCUCUGAUUCUGGUGUAUUUAAUCAUUCCACAUUUGGGAGAAUGAUAAGGGCGAAUAGUCUGGAUUUACCAAACGAUUCCUCCUUGCCCGGAACAAAUGAGCCAGCCCUCCCAUUUGUUUUUGUAGGGGACGAAGCGUUUGCCCUUGGUAAAAAUCUUCUUCGACCAUUCUCAAGUAGAGCGCUGAGCAAUGAUAAAAGAAUAUUUAAUUAUCGGCUCACUAGGGCACGUCGAGUAGUAGAGUGUGCAUUUGGAAUUCUUGCCAAUAAAUGGAGAAUAUUGCACACCGCCAUCAAUCUCAGUUUGGAGCAUGCUGUCUCUGCUGUGAAAACUGCGUGUGCACUGCACAACUAUGUGCGAGAACGUGAUGGAAUUGAUUAUGAGGAUUCCAUGAUGCAUAAUAUGGAGGCGGCACAGUGGAGUUUGACUAGGGGCACUAGCAGUGGGAAAUUGAUUCGAGAUCAAUUUCUUAAUUACUUUCUAUCGCCAGCUGGCGAGUUACCUUGGCAGAUGCAGGCAAUUUAAAACCAAAAAAUGUGGUGUUGUCAUUAAAAUAUAUGGCCCUUUAAAUAUUAAAACAUAAAAUACUAAGCUAAAAAUGUCACUAUGUGUAAUUUGAAUGCAUCUUGAAAAAAAAAAGAUUAAAGUUAUCUUUUGGCAGCAUAUUAAGGACUCCGAAGUGAUUCUCUACCUGCAAUUGGACAAAAACACCAAAAAUUGGCUUGGUGAUACUGUUAUGUGUGUUCUGCUGGGUGUCAUUGUACAGAGGAUGAUGUCUUUGUAAGACCACCAUGGCCAAUAACGUCAUAAUAGGAUGACAAAUACAGAUAGUCACUCCCCCAAGGAUCUGCAAACAUACUUGGUAAAGUGAGUUUACAUAUUUUGGUGAUAGACACACGCAGACUCAUACAAACAAUGACCAAGGGUGUGGGAAUGAGUCACGUGCCACCAGCAACACGGGGACAGGGUGCAUUAGGAACACCAUGCCAAGAUAUAAAACAUGUGGCAUGGUAUGGGUUAGCAGACUUUACAUGUCCACACAGAAUGCAUGCUUGGAUAAGGGCCUGCUCUGGAUUUGUGGGCGGUAUGCACUGUAGUUAUUGGGGUCUACUUAGAAUUAUAAUUUAAGAAGUUAGGGAAUGAAAAAAUAAAACAAACUUACCUUUGUCAGCUUGAACUUGGGAUGAGCACAUGCUCCACUCUGGCAAAAGGCUUUUGGUAAUUUCAACCCAGGUAGUUUUUUUCAAUACAUUGUCCUUAUAUUUAGGAUGCCGGGUGUCAUAGAUUUGUGGGUUCUCCCUGACAAGGCGGAUAAGCUCCUCGGAAUCCACACAGUCCUUCACCUUAGCAGUGACUUUUUUGCUCCGUUUUUUGGACAUGGCUACUCACCUCAGCAGCAUGAAACAGACAGAGGAGGAACUAGGAAAAGGGGGAGGUGGUGGAGGAGAAAAAAAAACUUCCGUUCAAACCGCAACACACCUGCGAUUUAGAUGCGUACCCAUAGAAGAUAAUGGGACUGAAUUCGCACCUGAGCCGCACCGCAAGACAUAAAAACCGCAC